AUGAACGGCAACGGAAAGUCUCCCUUUGUGCCCAACGUCCAAGGACAGGGUCCGCUCGCCAGCACUCUCCGAAUACUGAUAAAGCUGCGGCAUCAGUCAUGGGUGCCAAAGUUCCUUCGAUCGCGUGCGGGCAAAGAGGGGCUCGGCCUGGGGGGCAGAAGGCGGGAAGAUGACUUGCGGGGGAAGGCUAUCAAAGUGGUGGACCUGCUGCAGCACUCGGCGGAACUUGGAAACAUGGAUGCUCUAUACACGCUAGCUCAGAUAUCGCUGUUCCCUCCAGCUGAAUACUUCUCGCAAGAUGCGAAACUCGCCUACGAAUCCUUCACCAAGCACGCGUCGUCAACAGGCAACUCUUCGUCGCAAGCGCACAUCGCGUUCUUUCACAGCACGGGCUACGAGGGUGUCGUGCCCGUCGAUCAAGCGUCCGCACAGCUGUAUUACACCUUUGCUGCUCACGGCAAGGAUCGAGGCGCGCAGAUGGCGUUGGGGUACCGCUACUGGUCCGGGAUUGGCACACUCGAGGACUGCGGGAGAGCGGUGGAAUGGUACGAAGCGGCUGCGGAACAGGCGAUGGAGAAGUUCAGGGCAGGCCCGCCCGGAGGCCGGACGCUUCCUUUGACCAACACUCGCCUUUCCGACUUGGUCGGAGGGGUGUUUGGUCCGGGCGCAAGUGUGGCUUCGACGGGGCUCAACGCGCAGCGGCCCGCCAUUCGCGCGGCCAACGCGCGUGCGGCGGGCGAGACGUGGGAAGACGUGCUGGAGUACUACAUCUUCAACGCCGACCGCGGCGAGACGGACUUUGCGUACCGCUUAGGCAAGAUAUUCUACCAGGGCAGCCUGUACGCGUCCUUCGGCGGGAUCGCGUCGGGCAGCGAGGGUGUCGGUGCGGUGCCGCGUGACUUUGCCCGCGCCCGGUACUACUUCCUCCGCAUCGCGCGCCAGGUGUGGCCGCGGGACCCGGCGAACCCGGGCCAGUCGACGGCGGGCAGCAGAGACAGAGACGACGAUGGCGGACCAGUCGGGUACGCAGCCGCUGCUGCGGCGUAUCUCGGGCGGAUGUUCCUGCGUGGCGAGGGCGUUAAGGCGGAUCCGGCCAUCGCGAAGAUGUGGUUCGAGCGCGGCGCGGAGUACGGCGACAAGGAGUGUCACAAUGGCCUUGGGAUUAUCUUGAGAGAUGGCCUUGUGGACGGGCGGAGGGAUAUCAAGCAAGCUCUGGUGCACUUCGCCGCCGCCGCGGACCAGGACCUCGCCGAAGCGCAUGUGAAUCUGGGCAAGUACUACUAUUAUAGGGGAGACUACAAAAUGGCCCAAGCGUCCUUCGAGGCAGCGCUCCGCAACGGGUCGCCGUUCGAGGCGUACUAUUACUUGGCUACUAUCCACUCGGCCAGUAUAAAGAAUCCGGCCGUGCCCCCGGCUAUGGCGACUGGGUCUUGCGCUAUCGCUGUCUCGUUCUAUAAGCUGGUGGCGGAGCGGGGCUCUUGGGAAGAUGAUUUCGUCAAGCAAGCGGAGGUCGCGUGGAAUCAGGGUACGGAGCUUGGCCGACAGACCGCCAUACUGAAGUGGUGGAUGGCUGCAGAGAGAGGGUCGGAGAUUGCGCAAAACAAUCUCGCCUUCGUGCUGGAUCAAGAUAAAUCAAUGCUCAGGUUCACGAGAUUCGCACCAUCGAUGCCGUCCAAUGAUACAGCUCGACUAGCCCUGACGCAGUGGAUCCGUUCCGCUGCGCAGCACAAUGUCGACGCGCUGGUGAAGGUGGGGGAUUAUUACUACCAUGGUUUGGGCGUCCCAGAAGAAGAGCAGUCCUUGCGGUACGAGAAAGCGGCCGGCUACUACCAGUCAGCUGCGCAGACUCAUUUGAGUGCCCUCGCUAUGUGGAAUCUUGGAUGGAUGUAUGAAAAUGGCAUUGGGGUCCCCCAAGACUUCCAUCUAGCCAAGAGACACUAUGACCUCGCUGCACAGACAAAUAGCGAAGCAUACCUUCCUGUGCUCUUGUCGCUAAUCAAAUUGUACGCGCGAAGCUUCCUGCAUACUCUCGGAGGUGGUAAAGGCGGACUACGAUUAUUAUCAUACGAUGAACUAGGUAUGUAA